AUGGAAUNUCAAUACGCUCUAUACACACCCAGACCUGGUCAUGGAAAACGUAAGCGUGGUCGUCCACGCUUAAAUUAUCCUGAUUACGUCGCAAGACUGAUCAAUAACGAUGAACCACCAACAAUUACCGAAAUACGAAAGACUGCUGCGAACAGAAAAGAAUGGCACAAAAUUGUUGUCGCCUGCCGACCUCCGUUAUGUAGAUAUAAUUUCAGCAAAUAUAUUAUGAUUACAAGUGAAAACGAACAGUGGGAAAAUAAUGAUUUUUUUAUUCUUGAAAGUAGAUUUCAAUAUCUUUUUUGA